AUGUCGCUCGCCGAGGUACUCCGUCUGCCUGUAGCAUUGAGGCGUGCAACUUUGACAAAAGCUUUUAUUCCUCAACCCAUACUUGCAAGCAGAGCCUAUACUCCAACAUUUCAACAUUUGCAGCGGAGACAUGGCACGACAGACGCUGCACCGCACACCACAUCAAGCUCCGUCAACCACACCGAAGUCUCUCACUUCAACGCGUUGGCGUCGUCAUGGUGGGAUCCGCAGGGUUCAAGCCGCCUCCUCCAUCUGAUGAACCCGCUUCGGCAUCGCUUCAUUCGCCGCUGUCUCGCGUACGACGACCGUGACGAGGCGCAGAAGCUGCGCUAUUUAGAUAUAGGCUGCGGUGGAGGCAUCUUCGCGGAGUCGGCGGCGAGACUGUCGACCACGAGAUCCGUGACGGCAAUCGACCCCACACCCGAAGUCAUUGCGGUCGCUAAGCGACAUCAACGGACAGAUCCGUCACUGCUCGAAGCUGGUCGGCUGACGUACCUCAACACCGCCAUUGAGGACCUGCCAAACCACGACGACGGUCGCUACGACAUCAUCACCCUCUUCGAGGUAAUUGAGCACAUCCAGCGCCCUUCACCCUUCCUUCAGUCCUGCAUCUCCCAUCUCAAGCCUGGCGGAUGGUUGAUAGGGUCUACUAUUGCUCGUACGCCUGUCUCCUGGUUCACCACGAAGCUGGUCGCGGAAGAUCUGCUACGUAUCGUCCCAAGAGGUACGCACAAUUGGAACCAGUACAUCCAGCCGCAAGAGAUGAGGGAUUGGGCGCGAAUGCAACCGGAGCUGAGUACCUCAGAUGGCAUUGAUUGGCAGGUCAUGGGCGUUGUGUAUGUGCCUGGUGUAGGGUGGAGGCAGGUGAAGGGCAGUGAAGCUUGGGGCAACUACUUCUUUGGCGUGAGGAAGAGGUGGGAUGCUGAGUGA